AUGGAGACAAAAAAGCGAGAGAUAAACUUAGACGGAUUAUCAUCCAACUUACUGAAUAUUAUUUUAGAGUUUUUAGACCAAGACGAAAUAUCUUUGCUAGGAGCUACUUGUAAGCGUUUAAAAUUAGUAUCUGAAACGGAGGCAAACCGCAGGAAAUUUAAUGAGCUGGUAUUUAUAAAAGGAAGCACUUGUGAAGUCCUUACUUUAAAUCUGGAUUCUCUGCUUACUACCAAGCACUAUGAUUUAUCACACAAACUUUUUUCUUUCGGAUCUGUCUAUAUACCCUGCAAUCAAUCAACAUUUUUCUAUGGAGGAUGAACAGGAACAGAAUAUAUAGGUGAAGCUUUUCUUAUUAGCAAAAAUAAAAAUAUAAUGCAACUGCCUUCAGGGCCGCCAGCUGGAAGGAUUAGUCUUACUUAUUAUAAGAACUAUAUUUAUGCUAUAGGAGGACAUGAGUCUUCAUUAUCUGUGAAAUACAAUCUUACGCUAAAUACAUGAGAAGAAUGUGCGCCGUUAAAUGCAAUAUCUAUGCUGCAGACUACUUGUGCGCUAAUUACGGACAAUAUUUUAAUUACUGGUUACUACUUUACUAAACUUAUGAAAUAUGAUAUUAAUAAUGAAUCACUUGAUUCUAUCAAAAAUCUCACUCUGAAUGGGCAUAUCUUCAAAAAUAUUUUUACAGUUAGAUGCUCAGUUUAUAUCAUUGAAGUCCGUGGAAAUACUUAUACAAACAGAAGCAGCGACCUCUCAAAUUGAGAAAUCAUUGGGACGAAUGAUUUGAAUAAUUACUCUGGUUUUUCUCACUCAGUGAGAUAUAAAGAUAAAGUCUAUUUCAUCCAAGCUAGACAAAAAUUGGUAGAAUUUAAUUUAAAAGAUAAAACAACAAAAGAAAUCAAAGAUUUAUAA